GCUAAGUAUUCUCGUGAAGUAUUGGAAAAUCAACAGCUUAUAAAGAAGGGUUUACCAGCUAAUGAGUAUCUAUAUAAAGUUCCCAAACCUGGUGAACGAUUUAGUUACAUUGUAAUAGUAUCUGAAGAGAUUUAUGAUAAUUGCGGGAAAAAAAUACCACAACAAAAAGGAGACUGUAUGGAAUAUCCAGAUGUGGUAAAAAAGUUCAACAAGAAAAUAGAUAUUGAUUAUUAUAUCGAAAGUCUAUUUGCUUUCUGCGCCCAUUUUAUAAAUUAUGAUGAUAAAUACCAACCAUCACCUGAAUCUCUCUCAAAAGCCUUGGAAC